AUAACAGAACGUGUGGACAUAUGGUCCCUCGGAUGCAUCCUUAUUGAGAUUUUCGGGGGACCUCAGCCCUAUGAAGGUUGCGAGUCUUUGAGGGAGCUCCUCAAGAUGAUGCUGCUCGAGCGGAGGAUCCCCUACGUGCCACAGUCUAUUAGUGUGGAAGUGCGAGGCUGCAGUGCUUCGUGCCUCAUAUUUCACGCUGCGAAGCGGCUACGGGCUCAAACACUCCACGAACGUUUCAAACAGGUGUCCAAUAUAGUCA